GCGCGCAGCCAUCCUUCCUGCGGGAGCUGGGCCGGCCCGGGGCCGCCCCGCCCCACCGCCCAGCCUUCGAUUCUCCGCGGGAGCCCCUCCCCCGCACCGCGGCCGCCCGAACCCGAGGGUUGAAUGGCGGGCGCAGGGGCGCAGAGCGGGACACCUGGGGAGCCGGGCCCCGCGGAGCGCGAGGACGCGAGCGGCUGGCGCUGCCCGGAGCACGGCGACCGCGUGGCCGAGCUCUUCUGUCGCAGCUGCCGCCGCUGCGUCUGCGCGCUCUGCCCGGUGCUGGGCGCGCACCGCGGCCACCCGGUCGGCCUGGCGCUGGAGGAGGCGGUGCACGUGCAGAAACUCACCCAAGAAUGUUUAAAGCAGUUGGAAGCCAAGAAGCACCAGCAAGUUGGCAACAUAACCCAAAUAGAAGACGCUGCUGAGAAGCUCAAGGCUCAUGCAGAGUCAAGUAAAACCUGGCUGACGGGAAAAUUCACUGAACUCAGACUACUACUUGAUGAAGAGGAAAUGCUGGCCAAGAAAUUCAUUGAUAAAAACACACAGCUAACCCUCCAGGCGUACAGGGAGCAAAUCGAAUCUUGCAAAGAGCAAAUAGAUGGCAUGCACAGUCUCUCCAACAGGGUCUGGAGUAUCAGCCAGGAGCCCGAUCCCAUACUGCUGCUGCAGGAGUACAGGGCCGUGGAGCAGGAGAUGCAGCAGCAGAUGAGCCUGGGAGACCUGUGCUACCCAGAGCCCCUCUCGUUCGAGCCUGUCAAGAGCUUCUUUAAGGGCCUCGUGGACGCCAUGCAGAGCAUGUUACAGACGCCACUGGACGUUCGCCUUAAGGAGAACACGAACUGCCAGCUCUCGGGCUCCACGAGCACCAAACUAGCUUCCCUGUUGAAAACAAGCCCUUCACCAGAGCGAUCACUCUUCUUAAAAUAUGCACGCACACCCACCCUGGAGCCAGACACGAUGCACGCGCGCCUGCGCCUCUCUGCGGACCGCCUGACUGUGCGCUGCGGCCUCAUGGGCCGCCUGGGACCCACACCCGCGCUGCGCUUUGACAAGCUGUGGCAGGUGCUGGGUCGCGACUGCUACGCCGCCGGCCGCCACUACUGGGAAGUGGACGUGCAGGAGGCAGGCGUCGGCUGGUGGGUGGGCGCCGCCUACGCGUCCCUGCGGCGCUGCGGGGCCUCAGCCGCCGCCCGCCUCGGCUGCAACCGUCAGUCCUGGUGCCUCAAGCGCUACGACCUGGAGUACUGGGCCUUCCACGACGGCCAGCGCAGCCGCCUGCGGCCCCGCGACGACCCCGACCGUCUCGGGGUCUUCUUGGAUUAUGAGGCCGGCGUCCUCUCCUUCUACAACGUGUCGGGCGGCAUGAGCCACCUGCACACCUUCCGGGCCGCUUUCCAGGAGCCGCUCUACCCGGCCCUGCGGCUCUGGGAAGGGGCCAUCAGCAUCUCCCGGCUGCCCUAGGGGCCGAGACCGGAGUGACCGCCCUAGGCCUUCCACUGCUCUGGUCUCACCCGACCCCAUGUGGCUGGGCUACUGCCAGCUCCCAAGCACCCCCAUCUCCCCCACUAGUCCUGCCCGGUGCUUUGAAAGGGCUCCUCUCUUUGGCUAGUUUCAAACAUGCCCUAAACACAGGUCCUCUACCGGGUCUCAGUGCCACUACACUGCUUUUAGUCCAGGUGCUACCCACAAGUGAACCCUGAGCAUCCUGACCAUGUCAGAAUGGGUUAUCCUCAGCCUCAGGUCUCUCCCUCCUAGUCUGCAAUGCCUGGCACUUCAUGGGCACACAAUAAAUAUGAGAGUCAUCCAGCCCUUUCCCCCUAAUGUCCCUUUGACCUGCCUCCUCCUCUCCACUCUGCUCCAGCUUGUCCAUGUCGCUUUUCAAAGCAGCCACAAGAGCAUCGUAACACCUCGGGGCCUGAGCCCUCUCCCAUUCUCAUCCUCCACUGUACGGCCAGAUUGCUGUGCCUAAAACCUCAUUUAACCUCUUAGAACUACCAAGAGGUUCCCAAGGACCUCAGGGAGAAAAAAGCUGGCACUUUACCUUAGCAUUCAAGGCUUUUCUAGUCUGCCCCCAAACUCCUUAUGCUCAUCUAGCUUCUGCUCUUUUCAGAGACCCUCCAAUGAGAGCUUUUGGCACCUUUGCCCGUGCCUGUCUCAGCCUUCCCCUGGCCUAACUGCCCCAGGAAGUCUUCCCAAGCCACAAGAACCUCUUACUAGGAGAGCCACACAUCUAGGACCUUGCUUUCCAACUAGGUUGGAAGCUUUCCAAGGGCAGCUGUGUCCUAUACCCUCCCCACCCUGCAGAGGUCAGGAUGUCCCUUUCCCUCCCAAUGACCAGCAGCCGGCUAUCAUUGAAUCAAAGAAGAGCUGAGCUGAGAAGUCCUCCUGAAUCACCCAGCCUAACCUCACUGUACAUUUGGGGAGACUAAGGUCCUAAAAGAAAGUUCCUUAAAGUUGGGCCACGCCCCAGCCCCAAGGCAAGUGUUUUACUUGCCCCAUGUCCCAGCUCUUCAGGCCCAGCUUUCAAUGUGGGAGAUUUUACUGCUUAUUCAUUCCUCAAGGGAUGUUGGGAAGAAACCAGCAGGUGACUGUUGCUUAGGAACCACAGGCAGUUUUCCCAACUGUCUUGGAACUAAGAGAGGAGGAGCUAAGAGUAAGGUCUGGAUGGCCCAGAGAACCCCAUUUUCCAUUAAGAAGUGACAAAUAGAGAAGGCCAAACCAGGAGGACCUCACAGUCCAGCUCCUCUAGCAGAAGGGGAAGGCCUCUUCUGGGUCUGUGCUUCAGUUCUGAAGAUUUAGCAUCAUUAUUUGCCAAAUUCCCUAGAUGGUUUUGAAAUCAUAAUGUGUUAAAUUAUCUUCUUAGGUGGUUGGCAAGAAGGCAGUGGUAGGGGAAGAAGAUGCAAAGCUGAAACCCACUUAUGGUUUCAGGGCAUUCAUUAAUUUGAAGCACAUAAAAAUGCCAAUUUCUAAAUUUUCUGACCUAAAAAUGCCACUUUCAUACAGGGCAAUGUAAUACAAGUGUAAAUCAAGGCAGAAGGAACCUUUAAGAGUGCCUUUGGUUGUAACCAAAUCACUUAAAACUCUAGCUGGAUAGACAGCAUAGUGUCUAAGCACACUGCUCCGGGAAUCCUGAAAAAAGGGGAAUUCUACUGGGGAUGACCCAGAGCUGAAUUCUGACAGGGCGUUCCCGACAGAAGAUGGAUGUGCCUGACCCUACAUCUCUGUUUAUCCCUGCAAACAAAGACUUAUUUCCAGACCCGUAGCGAUCGGGGCCAAAGUAAUAAGAGCACCUGCUAUUUUGUCAGGCACUGUUCUAAUGCUUUACAACUAUUAACUCAUUUGAUCCUGACAUCAUCCCUAGGAGGUAGAAAGUUACCCCAGUUCUACAUAGGGCAAAACUGAGAUCCAGAAUGAGUAACUUGCUCAAGGUCACAGAGCCAGUGGUGAGGUUGGGGUUGUGCUCACGUCCACCAGGCCAUACUGUUCAGGCGAACACAGCUGGUCUCUGGCUGGUGCCUGCUCGCUCCUGUUUUGCCUAUGAUGCUUCACUUUGGCCUACUGAGUCUACCUUUGGGUAACUUUCCUUGGGCUGAGAUGAGGUUCUGCACCCAGAAGAGGAACUUGAGUUUGGAGUUCACAUAUCAGAGACAGCUGAACUAUACAGGAAAAAACCGGCGUUGAUCCAAUGCCUACUCUGUAUCAAGACCUGUGCUAGCCGGAAAACGGCAGUUUCGGUACACGGUCAUGUGACCUCAGGCUAGUCAUUUCACUUCUCAGUCAUCUGUAAAAUGGGGGGUAAAUGACCCUGCCUACUAGUGCUGGCAGGCUCAAAUGAGCCACUGGUUAUGAACUUGCUUUAAAAACCAUACAGUACUGGGUGGCUCAGUUGUUAAGCAUCUGCCUUUGGCUCAGGUCAUGAUCCCGGGGUGCUGGGAUCGAGCCCCAUAUCAGGCUCCCUGCUCCGCGGGAAGCCUGCUUCUCCCUCUCCCACUCCCUGUGCUUGUUUUCCCUGUCUCUCUGUCAAAAAAUAAAUAAAAUCUUUAAAGAAAGAAAUAAAAAAUAAAAACCAUACGGUACUGUACCAUGCUAGGACCCAUCAGCAUCCCCAGCAGACAUCCUGCAGUAGCAGGAAUCUCCUUCAAUAUUCUCAAUACAGGACUAAAGUUUCUUUGGGGUCCAUGACUAUAAAAUCACUUACUUAAUUCUCCUUCAGAUUUAUACUUACAGAAAUUUCUUAAUACAGCAAACUGCUUACAGAUAUUUUUUAAAUAACAUUAAUUUUAUAAACUGUGGUUUUAAUAAAUAUGAAUAUAUCCCUUGUAA